AUGCAGUCCACCCAGCGCAAGUACAAAACGGCUUGCAUAACUUGCCGCCAUCGCAAGGUGAAAUGCGACAAGAUACUUCCCUGCCGAAACUGCUGCAUAGCCGAAGUCGAGUGCCAAUACCCAUCACAGAUACGCACUGUCAACAGGCCUAAGAGGGUAGAGAAGGAAAGGCAACGGUGGCAGCCAAAAGCAGCCAGUUCCGUCUCGUCAGAGCAGUCUGUUCUAAGCCGCCUUGAUCGCUUGGAGUGUCUUCUGCAGAAAGUCAUUACUCGCAUCGAUGCGGACAGCGACUCAAACGCCGAAGAAUCCCCCAACGAUGCGACCUGCAGCGCGAACAAUGACCAACACAAUGAUUCAGCGAUUCCCAAUCCUCAGAACACAGAACCCUUUGAGACAGAGGCACAGCUUACGCCAGAUCUCAACCUCGACGGUUCGCAGAUGCUGUGGAGUUGCCUCAGCCCGAAGCAGAGCGACGAUCUAGAGCAUUGGCCUCAACUAUCGGAGAUGUCCAAUCCCACGGAGGAUCAGAAUCAGGCCCCAUACCACAAAGGUGCCACCUUGGGCUGGUCGCCAGUUCUGCCUCUUGAAACCCGUCGAUUGUGCUGGUCGAAAUACGUUGAGAAUGUUGACCCGCUACUCAAGGUCCUACAUACACCUACGGUAGAAAGGAUGAUGCUCACGGAAGCGCCAGACACCUCGGAGCUAGAUCACUCUAGUAUUGCCCUGGUAGAGGCUAUUUGUCUCUUAGCCCUAGCUUCUAUGACGGACGAUGAAGUCGCCUUGCAGCUGGAAUCAGAUCGAGAGGAUGCCCUGCAAGCAUGCUUGUCGCAUACAGAGAAGGCCCUUGUAGCAGCCAACAUUCUCUCGGAUGCGCAACUACGGACUCUGCAAGCGACCCUCUUAUUCCUGUAUUUCCUCAAGUACAAGGAAGAUAGCCGGUUCGGCAAUAUUGCAGCCAUGAGCAUCUUUCAGGCCACUCGGAUGCAGCUGCACCGUGACCCGGCCAAUUCCAAUACUGCCAUGUCUCAACUCGAACUUGAGUUGCGGCGACGUCUCUGGUGGCAGUUUGUCGUUUUGGUCGAUCACCCCGACGAGUCUAUUCUCACAUGUUUCUCCGUUAUACAAGCACUUGGUUCUGACGCAAGACUACCUCUGAACGUCAACGAUUCGGAGCUGGGUGCUGCGAGCAACGAACCCGCACAUGGGCGGUCCGGCUUCACAGACUUGACCUUCUCCCUGAUGCAAUACGAGAUUACCAAGUCGUUUGAUCGUCUGAAGCGUGACGAACAGCAACAGCGGCUUGGAAGACCUGGCAGCAUGACCCAGACCGACCUAGAAGCAAGGCUUCAGCAUUUGAGAAGGAGUCUGAAGCAAAAGUACUUCUGGGGACCAGGGCGUGACACCAACUUGGGAGCGUUUGCGGCUGAUACGGCGGUCAUGAUGAUUGCGAAACGGGGUUACCUGCUCCUCGCAUCAUCAGCUCAGAUGUCUGAGGACUGGGUCCUACACGCAACAAUGUGGGAGUGCGGUCCCGUCCAGCCUCAAAUUGCCCUUUUUGCUGCCGUAGUUGGGGUGAUUGCAAUAUGGAUUUGGUAUGGCAAGCCGGAACGUCUUCCCAACGUCCCGUUUCUACGGAUCAGCGACAAGCCCGGGAAGGCUGGCGACGCCUCUGAUGUACAGGCUUUCCUGAACGAUAGCCUCAGCGCAAUCAUGAAGGGCUAUAAUCAGUUCUCAAAGCAUGGCAAACACUUCCUAUUGCGAACGCCGACCCAGGUCUACUUCAUGGCCGCCCCAAGUCUGUUGGACGAGAUUCGAAAGAUGCCAGAGAACAAACUCAGCCAGCCUGCAGCCGCCAACAUCAUCUUCCAGAUCAAACAUACCUUCCACCCCAAGCUGCUAAACGACUACUACCACUUCGACGUGGUCCGUAAGAGCCUCACACAGGGUCUUCCCCGGCUUAUUCCUGACUUGGCAUCCGAGACACAGCUCGCUUUCGACUUGGACCUUGGUCGCGCAGAGGAUUGGAAGACGGCCACUGUCUAUCCGCUGUGCUCUCAAGUCAUCACCAGAGUUGCCAACAGGAUGAUGGUCGGCACAGAGCUAUGUAGGAAUGACGAGUUCCUACACUAUUCGGCAACCUAUACCAAAGCGACCUUCGAUGCCGCUGCUAUGCUGAGGAAUGUGCCAGAGAUGUUUAAAUCGCUUAAGAUGCGUAUGAACACAGAUCACCGGGCCCAGUCGGAAGUCGCUCGGAGGCUUUUGGUCCCGCUGAUCAAGAGCAGACUAUACCGGAUGUCUACAUCUCCCAAGGAAUAUGCAAUGAACAAGCCAAAUGAUGCAGUGCAGUGGCUCCUAGACAUCACGCCUCCCGAGAAACGCGAUCCUGAGCUGCUACUGCAGCGAAUGAUUCACAUCAACGUAACCGCUAUACACGCGCCAACUGUCACCCUCACGGAAUGCAUAUUCGAUUUGUGCCGCCAUCCUGACAUCCACGCCGUACUUAGAGACGAGAUUUACGAGGUGAUGGGGUCACAGGCCGCCGGCAAAGUUUGGACGAAAGCCAACAUUGACCGCCUUUCAAAGCUGGACAGCUUCAUUCGAGAAUCAUCUCGGUUGACGCCCAUGAGCGCAGUCAAGAUGGAGCGUCUCGCCGUCCAGGACUUCAUGUUCAGUGACGGCACAUUCAUCCCCAAAGGUACUUCCGUUGGCGUCAUCUCCCACGGUCGCCACCUCGACCCCAACAUCCUACCCAACGCCACAGAGUUUGACGCCUUCCGAUAUGACAAGGCAAGAAGAGAGCAAGAGGGUAUGGAGAACCAGCUAACAUUUGGCCAAGCCAGCUCAGAGAACCUGCUCUUUGGCCUAGGAAGGCAUGCUUGUCCUGGGCGCCACUUCGCCUCCGUCUUGAUCAAAAUGGUGCUUGUGCACAUUCUGGUCAGCUAUGAUAUCAAAUUCAUCGAGGGGAGGCCGCCACCACAAGGGAAAUGGACCCAGAAAUUCCGCAACCCGGAUUUCGCAGGCCCUAUUUCCUGGAGAGACAGACCUCUGGAGGACAAGGAGCGCUUUGCCACAUUGAGCGUCUGA